CACGCCCAUCUGGUGCGCUUUCAGUUUGGUAGAGAACUGUCGAAUAUAGCGCAACUGCGUGAUUAUAACCAUAUCCAUGUAGUUGAUUAUAUUUGAAUAAUCGCUAUAUAUUGAACACAGACGACCAUCAUAUUCGGCGGAUAUGUAGAUGGCAUAGUUAGAAUAUUACCUAACAUGAAAAUAGGCUAAUGAUAAACGUCAUGGUUCAUGUUUUACCUUUUUACACUAAGGAUAACCUAUACCUAAUUGGGUAUGCCUCUGGAUGUUGUCCCUUUAUCUUUAAAAUGUAUUAGAAUUUUUUUUUGAAGUGCGCCAUUUAGUUUGAAGCUUUAUAGUGUGCCUAGGAACAGGCACAGGAAAUAGUUGCGCUCUUCUCACUGAGUUGGCAUAUUGCUCGUAAUAGGGAAGUACCUACCCUACGAUUUUUAACCGUGGAAGUUGCACCAUAUUUUACAGUUGGAGCUCGGUUCGCAUUGUAUCGAAAAGACGUGACCCUAUUUCUGGAAACGUUUUGAGGAAAGCUGAUUCAACUUUUGGUGGAAGAGUUCCUACCGUAACCAUGGCGCAGUGGGGCCUGAUGAGCAAGCUGUUACGAUCCAUACCCACCGAGAGCGUCGAUGAACUUUACCCUCCAAAUACCUUCCCCAUCUACGUCCGAUAUCUGUUGGCAGACUGGAUUGAGACGCAACCAUGGGAGGAUUUUGAGCUGGAAAAAGUGGACCAGCAAAUGCAGGCGCAGACCCUACUGAACCAGAUCAUCAUGUACCUGAGGUCAAAGGCGGAGCAGGAGACCAACGUGGUGGAGAAGAUCAGGCUGAUGCGCACAAGCAGCAACAUGGAAAUGUUUCGACAACAGUCCCUGAACUUCGGAGUGAUGGUCCGAGACAUGCUCAGGAAGGAAAGGCACCUCAUCAACAACCCUCCCCAGCAGGUAGAAAUUCUUUCAAUUAUGCCGCCGUCUCCAAGCCAAGAACCGGCCCCAGAGGCCCCAAAAACGAGCGAUGUGGACAGACUGGUGUACCAAGUUCUGUACGUCCAAGACUGCAGACAGUCUAUCCACCAGCAGCAGGAGGACCUGAACUGGGACAAACAGAACCUUGAGACCAUAGGGCCUUCCAUACAGAAUGGAAUGGAUCCACAAAACACAGAACUCCAAAAACUCCAAAACAAGAUUCAAAAGCAGGAGCAUAACUUAAAAAGCUUGAGAACAAACCAGUUAGGGCAGCUGAAGAACGCAGUGGAAUCCCUGGGGCACUGCCAGGCCCGCCUCAUCAGCCAGCUGAAGGCCUGGAGUUGGGAGCAGCACAAGGCCACCAUAGGGCACCCGUUUGACGACAACCUGGGACCAUUGCAGACCUGGUGUGAGCAACUGCUUGGUUUGAAUGGGAAGCUGAGGCAAGAAUGGAUGUUGGCAGGGAAUCCAAUCCCAGAGUUGCAGGACAUGCUGGUCACACUUCAACAGGAGCUCAUUAAAAGCUCUCUGCUGGUGGACAAGCAGCCUCCUCAGGUCAUCAAGACGCAGUCCAAGUUCUCCACCAUCGUGCGCUACCUGCUGGGGGAAAAGAUGGCUCCAGGGAAGCCGGUGGUGCUGAAGGCCCAGAUCAUCACAGAGGCCCAGGCCAGGCACCUGAAGCAACUCGGUACCCUCACUAGUGACAAUGUUGGAGAGCUGAUCAACAAUACGGCCAUUUUGGAGCACCACCCCACUAGCAAGAGCACAUGCGCCACCUUCAGGAACAUGUCUGUUAAGAAGAUCAAGAGGGCAGACCGGAAGGGAACAGAGUCUGUGACUGAGGAGAAAUUUGCCAUCCUCUUCUCCACAGAUAUCAACAUUACUGGUUGUGACACUCCCUACAGGAUACAGAUAAUUUCAGUGCCGGUGGUUGUCAUUGUUCAUGGCAGUCAAGAAAUCAACGCCAUGGCCACCGUUAUCUGGGACUGUGCCUUUUCCGAACCAGACAGGAUACCGUUUGUGGUGCCGGACGGCGUGCCCUGGAAGCUAAUGUGUAUGACCCUCAACAGUAAAUUCAUGUCUGAGGUGCAGACGCAGCACUGCCUCAACCAGUACAAUCUGCACUUCCUGGCCCAGAAGAUAUUUGAUCAGCCAGACAUCUCUGGAGACUUCAGUAAAAUGAUGGUGUCCUGGGCACAGUUUAAUAAGGAGAUGCUCCCAAGUCGGCAGUUCACAUUCUGGCAGUGGUUCGAGGGAGCCAUGGAACUGACCAAAAGGCACCUCAAGGCCUACUGGAGCGAAGGGGUCAUCUUUGGCUUCAUCGGCAAGCAGCAUCUCCACCUGAUCCUGAAGGACAGGCCCAACGGGACCUUCCUGCUCCGCUUCAGCGACUCGGAGAUCGGCGGUAUCACCAUCGCCUACGUGGCGGCCAGUGAGAACGGGGGACAGAAGAUCCAGAACAUUCAGCCCUUCUCCAAGAGAGACCUGGAGAUCCGUUGCCUCGGCAACCGCAUCAUCGACAUCGAAAGCCUAGCGUUUCUGUACCCUGAUUAUCCCAAACACGGGAUAUUCGAAAAGUACUACACAGACGACCCGUUGCCGUCUCCAGAGGGAGGCUACAUCGGCGUGAGGCUCCAAACCAAAGUGGACGCGGAAGUUGCCCCGGCCUCAUCUCAUCUUUCCUGCAAUACCCCCCGCAGUGAGAUGCCGGAUAUGAGUCCUCGGAUGCUAGUACAACCUCUAACCUCGCCCUUACAACCGUUCCCGGGGAAUUCAUUUGGAGCUGACUCUCCAGGCGGAGCAGCAGGGUUCAGCUUCAUUGACCCCAUUGGAAUCUACUCUCCAGAAAUGCCUCCGCCUACGAAUAUGGAUGUGGAUUAUGAUUUUAUUGAAAAGUUAAUACAGGAAUAGGGAAGUAGGAGAUAUGUCUUCAAUGGAAACACUGUAUGACGGUGUGGAUGCGAUAGUGUUAUACUGAUGUACUUCCACCGCUUUGGCCAUCACUUACUAACAGGUACAACUGAAGAUGAUACAUUCACAUACAGUGUGAAACUGGUUGUGGAUAAGGUAGUAGUUGAGGAUCUGAUAAUAUGAUGUAGUGAAUGAAAUCACUGCAUAUCCAGAACUUUACUUUCCAGGUCAUAUGAUAAUGAGGUAUUAUUAUAAAUUGGCAUUACCAUGUUUGUUUAACUGCCUAUAUGUCCAUCUUUUGUAUAAAUAAGGUAUAAGGUAUAAACUACUGUAUACAUUGCUAUGCUUAUAAACUAUGCACAUAUUUAGCAGUUGUUAUUGGAACACAUAAAUUAAAACAUGUUUUCUCUG